GCUGGGGCUCUAUCAUUGAACUAUCCUAGUAUCUUAUGUAUGAAUUUGUGUGUAUGAAGGCAAAUUUGUAUGUGAAUGUGAAAGUCACAGGGCAGCCUAAGAUGACAUUCCUCAGACUACAUAGCUCUUGUUUUUGAUAUCGAGUCUCUCAUUGGAUCAGUACACACCUACACAGCUAGGCUGAUCCUACCAUCCCAGGGUUCUCUUGCUCUCUCAGUGCUGGGAGUUCAUAUAUGCACCACAAGACCUGUUUUGUCGGGCUUUUUCACAUGCGUUCUGCGGCUUAAGUUGCAGUCUUGCAUCUCACUGACUGAUUUAGCCUCAGAGACACCCCCCCUCCCCAGUUUCUUUUUCUACCCUUCCUUUUAGGUUGAGCAGUCUGAGUGCGAUGGUGUUGUCUUUGACUGCUUGGGAAGCCCCUGUUGGCUUUUGUGUCCUGCUCCCUUCUCACCUCUCACUGAGCUUCCACUUCUCUUAUUGUGUGGUGACUUGAUCAGGUCAGGCCUCUGAGGAUGUGAACCAAAGGAGAAGUGUAGCUAGCUCAGGUCAACCUCCGGCUGAUGGUGGCUUUUCUGGAAAAACAGAACUAACUUGUGUCUUGUUAUGCCCACAGGAGCCUGCUUUUCUAGAGGCUCAUUCUGGGUUUUGUGAUUAGUAUUUUCCUUCAUAUGUUUUAACCGGAGAUUUUUUUGUUUGCUUGUUUUUGUUUUUUUUUUAUUUGGAUUUUGGAAGCCAUAGAAUUCAUUAUUAAAUAAAUAAAUAAAUAAAUAAAUAAAUAAAUUAGAGACGGAACAUGACAAAACAGGCAAGCAACUCAAACAUGUGAGUCUGAGGCUGGCGUAUGUUACAUAGCAAGACUCAGCUCAUAAAACUCUGGUUAAUAAGUAAAGAAACAAACAAGGGGCUGGAGAGAAGGCUCGGUGAUGAGAGCAUGCAAUGACCCAACUUCAAUACUGGGAUCCCAGCCGUGUGUGCACCAUGGUGCUCACCUCCUCUCUUUCGAAAUAGGACUUUGCUCCAGCCCAUUCUGAGAGCCACAGAGCCAUCUGGCCCACUCUUGGUGGUGAUGUGUUUCUGGCCUUCCUUGGCCCUGUUGGGUGAGACCAGUUUCCCUGCAGAAGUCAACUGUAGGAUGAACUACUGUACCAGUGCAAUCAACUCAGGGUAGGGCUGAAGCCGGACGGCUCACUCUGACCCCCUGCCAUAGCUGUUCGAGGGCAGUGUGAUCCACAUGUUUGUUAGCGCCGUGAGAAAAAAAAAAUAUUGCAAUUGCUUCUACGAAGUUCCUCAUCCUUCCUGUCAGUUCUGAGAGAGCAAUGUGGGAUCAACGGCUUAGCGUUUAAUUUCUGUUCCAAGAGCCUGCCCCCAGGGCCAAGAAUUAACCAGCCUAGAAUCUUCCCUGGAGAUCGGAGUCUUCACCUUUUUCUGCAGCCGUAACCAUCCUAAGGCGGGAGGGUUAAUUCGGGGUCAGUUCUGGAGGAUUGUGCUCCAUAACAUUGGAGUAGUCACGAUGACUGGAGCGCUUUGGCGGGUGUCUCCAUAUGAUGGAGGGAGAGGGAGCAGACUGCAGGACCAGAAACAGAAACAACUAUGACCUUCCAAGGCCCCACUUUAGUGACCUACUUCCACUCUCCAGGUUCUAACCCCUAAAGGGGCCGCAGACUCCUAGACAGCAGUGCAAGGUGUGGGCUAAGUAUUUCAGAUGUGAGCUGUUGGACACAUUUUAUAUUCAAACCGUAACCAUGGGAAUUAAAAAAAAGAGAGAGGCUGGAGAGAUGGCUCAGUGGUUAACAGCUGAUCUCAGGACCUAGGUUUGAUACUCAGUCCUUACGUGGUCGCUCACAACUGUCUGUAACUCCAGUUCCAGUAGAUCUGACGCCCUGUUCUGGCCUCGGUGGGCAAUGUGUGCAAAUGCAGUGUGCAGGCCUACACACGCAUAGGCAAAACAGUCAAACAUAUGAACUAAAAACGGUGGAAUAAGAAAUGUAUUUCUGGGGGCUGGGGAUUUAGCUCAGUGGUAGGGUGCUUGCCUAGGAAGCGCAAGGCCCUGGGUUCGGUCCCCAGCCCCGAAAAAAAAAAAGAAAAAAAAAAAAAAAAGAAAUGUAUUUCUGGAGUAUCGGCCAUCUCUGACAGUUUUCCCUACAGCCACUCUGGUGGGAUACCCUGCUCUGCUGCUCUGCUGCUCUGCUGUGGCAUGGGUGUGGCAGGUGAUGGGGGAAGCCUGACUGGUCCCCUACCUAGCCCAGCCACUGCUGGAGCUGGCCCCAUUCCAGGGCUUCCUUUCCUGGGAGGAUUCUUCUUCCUGCCCCUGGUUGCACCAUGGAAAUGCCUUCUUCCACACCCCUCAGUCACAGGGACCUGUGACACCCACGUUGCUCUAAUAGUUACCUCUGUGCUUAUUAUCCAGGCUAAUAAUGCACUUGGGGCUUUCUGAGAGUGGCUUGGGCAGGUCUGUCUCUGGGGAACUCUCAUCCAGGGACAGCUGUUUCCUGACUUAGUAGGAGAGAUACAUAAUUACGGUCUACCCCCAAGGUGAGGCACCAACCCCCCACCCCUACCCGGUGACUCAUCUGGCUGGGUAAAAUGAAUUUAUGCAGGAUACUUACAGGGCUUUUGGGUCACUACAGAUGGCUACAUUUUCUUAAGUUGACAACCCACCGAUUUUUUUUUUGAGGGUCCCAUUUUACAAUGCCUCUAAGCAUAGCAGAAUUGACACAGACUUAGGUUCAGCUACUACCCGGUGUCAAAGCGGUCCAGGAGACUGUAGGCUCAAACAGUGCCAGGCUUGGGAGGAGUUAGUUGAUCAUUAUCAGAGGUUCUGCUGGGCUCAGCAGACGCUGCGCAGCUGUGGGAGGGAUCGUUGUCUCACCGCAGUCUGGUGCAUAGAGCAGCUAAAUGGUGGCUUACUGCACAAUGGAGUCACUCACUGGGAGGACUGUAGAAUCUCUUAUGAGCAUCACCUGUCAGUAAAGCCUAUGGCUAAUGAGCUGAGGCAGGAAAUAGGAGGUGGGACGCUGGCAGGAAGAGAGGAUUCUGGGAAAUAGUGAGAGAAUAAGAGGGAGAUUUGCCCAGGAACUAGGGGAGACUGACGGAAACCUGCAGUAGCAGGAUUGAGGAGAGAAUGAAGAGAGAGAGAGAGAGAGAGAGAUUGGAACGAGACGCUGAGGGAGACGCGGAGGAGACACAAAGAAGGAAGUGGCUGGGACUGGAGAGAGCCUAGAGAUUGCGUACAGACAGCGAUGGCACAGGACUGGACACCGAAUUCCUAACUUUUGAGGCUGCUUGGAGACCGUGUGGGGCUCACCAUAUUGCCUUCCAGUCUGCUGCGAAUUAAACAAGUUGAGCUGGGUCCUAGUGCCUUGCAGAGGAAGCUUGCCGAGCAACGUGCAGGCCUCCUGCCAGUUCGAGUCCUAUGUUUUGGUACCCAUGGAAGGACACUUUCAGACCUUAGAUGGAAAGGCUGUCCUCAUAGAAGGAAACAGGGUUAAGCUAGGAGCAGGCUUUGCUUGCCUUCUCUCUGUGCCCAUCCUCUUUGAAGAGACUUUCUACAACGAAAAGGAAGAGAGUUUCAGCAUUCUCUGCAUCGCUCAUCCUUUGGAGAAGAGGGAGACAUCAGAAGAACCUUCAGCACCCUCAGAUCCUUUCUCUCUGAAAACCAUCAAAGAUGUGAGAGAAUUUUUGGGAAGACACUCAGAGAGAUUCGACAAGCACAUCGCGUCUUUCCACCGGACAUUCCGAGAAUGUGAAAGAAAGAGCCUCCGCCAUCUCAUAGACUCCGUAAAUGCUCUCUACACCAAAUGCCUCCAGCAGCUUCUCAGAGACUCUCACCUGAAGGUUCUUGCCAAGCAGGAGGCCCAGAUGAACCUGAUGAAGCAGGCAGUAGAGAUGUAUGUCCAUCAUGAUAUUUACGACCUGAUCUUCAAAUACGUGGGGACCAUGGAGGCGAGCGAGGAUGCCGCCUUUAACAAAAUCACAAGAAGCCUUCAAGAUCUCCAGCAGAAAGACAUUGGCGUGAAACCUGAGUUCAGCUUCAACAUUCCUCGGGCAAAGAGAGAGCUGGGACAGCUGAACAAGUGUACAUCCCCACAGCAGAAGCUGCUGUGUCUGCGGAAGGUGGUCCAGCUCAUGACACAGUCUCCCAGCCAGAGAGUGAAUUUGGAGACCGUCUGUGCUGAUGAUCUUCUUUCCGUCCUGUUAUAUCUGCUUGUGAAAACAGAGAUCCCUAACUGGAUGGCGAAUUUGAGUUACAUCAAAAACUUCAGAUUUAGCAGCUCGCCCAAAGAUGAGCUAGGAUACUGCCUGACCUCAGUCGAGGCUGCGAUUGAAUACAUCCGGCAAGGAAGCCUCUCUGCACAGCCGCCUGACGCUGAGGGAUUUGGCGACAGACUCUUUCUCAAGCAACGGAUGAACUUAUUGUCCCAGAUGUCAUCAACACCCAUCGACUGCCUGUUUAAGCACAUCGCUUCUGGCAACCAAAAGGAAGUAGAAAGACUUCUGAGUCAAGAUGACCAAGACAAAGACGCCAUGCAAAAGAUGUGCCACCCGCUUUGCUCCUGUGAGGACUGUGAGAAGCUUGUCUCUGGAAGGCUGAAUGAUCCGUCGGUUGUCACUCCUUUCUCCAGAGAUGACAGAGGUCAAACACCCCUCCAUGUGGCUGCUCUCUGUGGUCAGGCAUCCCUCAUUGACUUCCUGGUCUCCAAAGGUGCCGUAGUGAACGCCACAGACUAUCAUGGGUCUACUCCCUUACAUCUGGCAUGUCAGAAAGGCUUCCAAAGUGUGACGCUGCUGCUGCUACACUACAAGGCCAACACUGAGGUGCAAGACAACAACGGCAACACCCCGCUGCACCUGGCCUGCACCUACGGGCAGGAGGAUUGUGUGAAGGCCCUGGUCUACUAUGAUGUCCAGGCCUGCAGAUUGGAUAUUGGUAACGAGAAAGGAGACACAGCCCUGCACAUUGCAGCUCGCUGGGGUUACGAGGGCAUCAUAGAGACGCUGCUGCAGAAUGGAGCCCCAACAGCAAUUCAGAACAGACUGAAGGAAACACCACUCAAGUGUGCACUGAACUCGAAGAUUCUGUCUGCCAUGGAAGCGUAUCAUCUAUCCUCUGACAGGAGGCCAAAGCCUUCUGAGGUCCCUGCACCGUCCCCUACACGCUCUGCGGAUUCCAUCAGCCAGGGCUCCUCUACCUCCAGCUUUUCUUCGGUAUCGGUGAGCUUCAGGCCAGAAGAGGUCAAAAAGGACUACAGGGAGGUAGAAAAGCUUCUCAGAGCAGUUGCCGAUGGCGACCUAGAAAUGGUGCGAUACCUUUUGGAGUGGACGGAGGACGACCUAGACGAUAUGGACGAAGCCAUCAGCACGGUGGAUCUUGAAUUCUGUCACCCUUUGUGCCAGUGCCCCAAGUGUGCUCCAGCCCAGAAGAAACUGGCAAGGAUCCCUGCCAAUGGGCUCAGUGUGAAUGUGACCAACCAGGACGGCUUCUCUCCCCUGCAUAUGGCUGCCCUGCAUGGCAGGACAGACCUUGUCCCCCUCCUGCUGAAGCAUGGAGCCUACUCAGGUGCCAGAAACACAAGCCAAGCUGUCCCGCUCCACCUGGCCUGCCAACAGGGCCACUUUCAGGUGGCAAAAUGUCUCUUAGACUCCAAUGCAAAACCUAAUAAAAGGGACCUCAGUGGGAACACGCCCCUCAUUUGCGCCUGCUCUGCCGGCCAUCAUGAAGUCGCUGCACUGUUGCUACAGCACGGGGCCGCCAUCAAUGCUUGCAACAACAAAGGCAACACGGCCCUGCACGAGGCCGUGAUGGGAAGGCACGUCUUGGUGGUGGAACUGCUUCUGUUUUAUGGCGCAUCUGUUGACAUCCUGAACAAGAGGCAGUACACGGCGGUGGACUGUGCAGAGCAGGACUCAAAGAUAAUGGAGUUGCUGCAAGUCGUCCCAAGUUGCGUUGCUGCUUCUCCAAACAACGUCGUUGUCGUCCAGGAGACAGAACACGAGGAUUAUGUGACUGUGGAGAUCAGGAAAAAAUGGAACCCCAAAAUGUACAACCUGCCAGAGGAACCUUUUCGGAGACAGUUUUGCCUCAUUAACCCAGGGGGGCGGUUCCAGGAGAGGACGAAGUCAUGGGAGACUAUGGGAAGGGAUAGAAGUGUACCAGAUCUUACCGGAGGUCUCCAGGAGCCAGAGAAGCAAAGAGUCACAGGGAAGCAGAAUGAUUUGUCAGACCAGAGCAGGUGUCAGACCUCUGAGGAAGGAAACAAGGGGCUCCCUGGGAGGCCUGUGCCGAGACAGGCUGUUCCAGGACACCGGCCAAUGGUCCGCAGACACACAGUCAAUGACGCAGCCAUACUUCAGGUCCCAGAGGUGACUGGCCACCUGACCACCCAAGAGGCUGGUGUUUCUCGGUCUUAGCAGGAAGGGACUGGAAAAUCUGCUGCUGAGACACGAGUCUACAGUAAGCUGGGAAGCAUGAACCCAGUGUAGAGCUAAGUAUACGUUGAACACCCGGCUUGAGGGCCAGCCCCUCGGAUUUACCACCCUCUCCUCUUCAAAGCGAACUAACACACUUGAAUAGGAAUGGGAGGGAGUGAACGAGCCCUCAUCUCAGCAUUUGGGUUUCCUGGUCGCCAUCAGCUCUGACCUCCUUUGGCUGGAAGGUGCUAAAUGUCUGGGAAGUGGAUAAGGGGGAGCCUUAUAUCCGGGAGAAGUCAGAGAAGGAAUGCCGGUUACGGAACGGUGGAUGCCAGGCAGAGAAGCAUCCCGUUGGGAUGACGAAACGGAGCCUGGGAAACACUUGAACUGGAAGAUGCCCGAACGCUGUUUUGAUGUCCGUCCCAGUGAAAAGGACCUACCAUUCUGCCUUGUUCUACACCACAUGUAUGGGCAAAGUUGGCCGUCACUUUCCCAACAACACAGACCCCUGGGUCACUGCACGUUUACCUGUAUCCAUUUCUGCUCACUCUCCUUCCCGUUAAGAGCCUCCCGACACAGCGUACCUGACGAUGGUUACCAGAGAGCAGCUUUGGCACACCUUAUGUCUUUUGAUUCAAAUUCAAAACUUACAGCACAAACCAGGUCGGAGUUUAAGUUGGAAUUUGUUGCCAUUGAUUCCUUUUUAUAACUUUCUAUAGAUUCUAUUAUUUUUUUAUGUUCCCGAUCCUAAAGUUGCAGACAUGGGUUCAUCCUGAGUCCGUUUUCAAAGGACUUUGUAAAGGGGAAGUGGUUUUGUGCACAUUAUUGGGAAUACUUGUGAAUGUAUAGAAGGGAGGGGCUGAUUAUUUUUCUACAAAGUAAUUUAUGAUUUCUAAUUUUCUAAUGUGCCUUGGAUAUGUGCCAAAUGAUGGAAAAGAAAACAGUAAACUUUGACUCUUGAUUGUGUCCUGCCAUUUUUAAA